CCUUGUCGAUGAUCAUCAAUCAUGCGCCUAGUCCAAUUGAUGCCGAUCGGAUUUCCUCUACCGCAGCUUCUGCAAUCGCUAGUCACUUUCUUACAGCUGACGACCCACUAUCAAUGGCAGCUCUCAAUGUGAAUCCACAUCUUCGUCAAUCACCAAUUUUCCAACAACUUCUACAUCUAGGACAUCAUCAACCUAAACGAGGUGGAGGUCGUCGUGCACCGACCGGUCUACCUGGUCCUAUCGCUCAUACAGCCAUCACUCCUGGGGUUUGGAAUAAUUUUCAUAAAAGUCAACUUGGUAUCUCUUCGGCUAAGGCUGAUGAUGCAGAUGCAGAUAUGGAUGAGAUUCGUAAAAGUAUGGGUCUUGCAUUCAAAAAAAGAAAAGGUCCAACAGCUCAAACAAGUAGUAAUAGAAAGAAAACAAAAGAAACUUAAACGGAUUACUUACACAUCAUUUGGUUUUGACUUUCUCUCUUUCUUAUGUGAACCUUAGACGGAAAAGAAAACAGUAUAGUAGAUUGUUUUAUAUUCAAUCUGUUUUCAUUCCUUGUAAAAUUUUCAUCAUGUGUGUUCUGCAAGCGUUUUUUUUGUACUAGUUUAUUUAUCCCUUCUCUUUGGAUUGAUGUUGUCGGACUUGGUAAAAUAGUGUUCAACAUAUCAGAGGCUUUAGAAUUUCCUUUCAUUCUUGGGGU